AUGGAAAUCUUGGUUCAACAGCAACGAAAUGUAGCUCGUCGAGACCACAUUUUACGUUCAGUUUUCAUUAAAUUUCACUGUUCUCAUUUCUUGCCAUUAAAAGAAGAGAUUCAACGUCGUAUUACUGAAUGUUUAUCUAUGCCAAUAGACAAAGUGGAUAUUAAUUUUUGGGAAGCAGAAUAUCAAAGUUUAUCUCGUCUGUUUAACAAUUAUCAUCAAGAUAAUUAUCGUUUACCUUCUGGACUUGGUGAUAAUCGUAAAGAACGUUAUAUUCCAUUGAUAGCUGCAACUGGAGGUAACUUAAAUGAAUGCAGACGAAUUUUACAGGAAAGUGAGGCAAUGGAGAAGUCCUGGACAUUUGAGUUUGCCAAUUACCAUGAUCCAAUGAAUCCUGGUCAAGAUCAAGUAUUAUUAUCACAACCUGAUCUACAGAAACAGCGUCAAUCGAUUGCUUCAGUAACUGGAAGUAGAGGCAGUAUUUUUGAAGCAGUACGUCGAAAGUCAUCACUUCUUCUAAAUAGUUGUAUUCAUUUCGACUGGUUCCAUAUCAUUAUCUUGGAUACUUUAGGUGAAAUGCCUAGCGUUAAACAUAAACAUUCAUUACUUUAUUGA